AUGCCGCCAAUGCCAGCUGAGGCGGCGGACUGGGCGGGCAGAGGCAAGAGAGCCGCCCGCGGACCGAUGUGCUGUACGGCUGCGGAGGAGGAACGCGGUGGAGUCGUGCGCGACGGCGGUGGCCUCGGGCGCGGCGUAGGACCCCAUCCGCGUGCUGGGCACCCUGGGUGUAGCGUACCCACGCCCAGUACUGGCACCGCCGCUCCGCACCUCUCCCAACGCCACUCGCCGCAUUCUUUUAUCGAGAAGAAGAGGAGCGACCGGGACAGGAGCGACGCCACUCGCCGCGAUUUUUUUUAUCGAGAUGAAGAGGAACGAUGGGACGGGAGCGACGGGAAGCGGAGCGCUGACCUCUUGGUCAGGGUAUCGCCAUUGCAGUUGGGUUGGCACUUGCUGAGAAACAUCCGUGCAGCUAUUAAGGAAGCAAAGGUGGUCACUAACAAACCCACCUUAAUCAAGGCGGUGUGGCCUCGUACGUUCACCUUAGCUAUGGAAGGCUCACGCCACUUUAACAACUCCACAGUCCCACCCUAUCAGUUCAUCAAGCCCCGUUUCACCAACCUACCCGUUGGUGAGAAGGUGCCGAUUAGUCUCGUUGGCGGAGGCAUUUGCCUGGUGGUAACGGUGCUCACGGCGCUAGCUGUGCACUGUUACCACCGCCGGUGGGGCAACGCCCGUGCGUGCGAUGUGGAGGCGGCGUCGGCGAGUAAGGUGGAGCUGUCAGCUGCACGGCUUGUGCAGCUCGCCGCUUCCCAGGCGAGGACACACGAACUCGAGCAAGAGCUCGCCGCGGCCCAGGCGCGGACGAACACGCUCCAAGGUCAGAUUGGCGAGCUGGAGCAGAGGUGCCAUGACUUCUACGGCGAGCUCAGACAGGAGAGGCAGAGGGCUAAGCAGGACAAGGAUAUGCUGAAGCAAGAGACGGCGCGGGGCACGAACGUGCUCCGGAUCGUCGGCUACAGCCUGCACAAGGGCCUCGGCGUGGACCGCUCCAUCCGCUCCACCACCUUCCCCGUCGGCGGCUACCACUGGACCAUCCACUACUACCCCGACGGGAUCAGCUCGCCGCUCGCGCCUCCCGGCCGCCUCGUGCUCUUCCUGCAGCUCGUGAGCAAGAAAGCCGAGGUGAGGGCGCGCUUCACGUUCCGGCUGGUCGACCAGGCCACAGGGAAGUCCACGCUUUUCCACAGGCCAUGGGCAACGCCGAUUGCGUCGUUCAGCACCAUGACCAUGAUGCGCCGUGAAAGAUCAGAGGACGCCUGGGGCGUCUUCUGCGUGAAGAAGAAGAGCGAGCUCGAGGCGUACCUGCGAGACGACUGCCUGGUAAUCGAGUGCGAUGUGACUGUGAUCAAAGAGCCGCGGGUGAACGUGACGGUGCGCGUGCCGCCCUCGGACCUCUCGGGCAACCUCGCGAAAUUGCUCGAGGGGAAGAAGGGAGCGGACGUGACCUUCAGGGUUGGAGACGAGCUCUUCCCGGCGCACAAGAUCGUGCUUGCCAUGAGGUCGCCGGUGUUCGACGCGGAGUUCUACGGGCCAAUGCGGGAGGACGACGACGACACAGCAAGCCAAUGUAGCAUAGCUAUCGAGGACAUGCAGCCUGCUGUACGUUUUCAGGGCGCUGCUUCACUUCAUAUACACGGACUCGAUGCCGUCCAUGGGAGGGUUCGACGCUGGCGCCCGCAAGGAGAUGGUUAA